AAUUCAAAGGCAGCGGUUCCGGUUUUUCCUGACAACAGAUAAACAGUUUUUCUUGUAAAACCCAAAAUGGCACAAAACGACAAAUUUAUGAAAUCUGACAUAGCUGGCUUUGCUUUUCAUAUGAAAAAGCUGUUAAAUAACAAGGAAAUGAGUGAUAUCAAAUUCUUAAUCGGUCCAAGCAGAAAAACUGUGUAUGCCCACAAGUGUAUCUUAGCCGCUCGUUGUGAAGUGUUCCGUGCCAUGUUCGUGGACCAAGCCAAAUCUCCUCUUACCGAUUCACAAGAGGUCCCGUUCGUUUUGUCAGAUGUCACGCCUGAGAUUUUCCUCACCGUGCUCGAAUUCAUCUACACAAAUUGUGCCACUAUCUCUGGAAAGAUUGUGGUGGAUAUACUAGGAAGUGCCAUUGAAUAUGGAUUAGAUGAUCUCAGAAAGUUGUGUGUGACCUACAUGCUCGAGAACAUGAGCGCGAGUAACGCUUGUGAGGCUAUGCAAGCUGCAGUGACGUACGGGCAGGAUGACCUUAGAGAAAGAACGCUGUCCUAUAUCGAACAGAACACAGCGAAUGUCCUGCGGAGUAAAACAUUCCAUGAGAUGUCUGAUGAUGCUGUGUGUAUUGUGUUGAAGAGUGACCGUCUCCUGAUAGAUGAGUUGGAUGUGCUAUCGGCAGUGCGAGAGUGGGCUACAGUAAACUCAGUUGUUGCAGGCAAGAGUGUGCGCGAGACCAGCAGGAAAGUCAUUCCGCAUGUUAGACUACCACUACUGUCUGCCGAGGAACUGACAAUGGUCGAAAAGGAUAAUGAAAAAGAUAAUUUGAUACCAAUGGAUAUGAUGGCAUUUGCUUGGCGGUUUCAUGCCCUGAAGAAAGGAGACAGGAACAACCCACUUACCAGGCGAAGGAAAGGCACCGUCUUAAGGGAAUGCCACAGGGCAUUGGAGGGGAAUCACUCAAUAGAUGAUAUUGGUGAUAACGUGAUGCCAAGCAAGUCUGGCCGUAAACAACAUGGUGGAAAAUGAUUCAAAGACCAAUCACAAAAAACUGGACCUGUGAUAUUUCAUUCCAAUCAAGUGCACUGCAUAAGAUGCGUAUGACGACUACAUUUGACAGCAAAAGUGAUAUCUAGUCGCCAAUUGAAAAUGAGCAAAUUUGCCAACAUUUUCAGCUUUGCCAUAUUUUCAUGGUUUACAGUACAGUAUGUUAGGUCUGUACAAUCGGAAUUUCUGGUCAAAUCCUUUGAAUUUUGAUUAUUUUCAUCGUUGUGCCAAAAUCAAAGUUCACAUUGUUCUACCUAACAGGAGGAUGAAGAGACUAGAGGAGUCAACCAAUCUGAUGAUUUUAACCAUUGAGCUGUUUUAGUGCAUGGCUGUGAAUACGACGGGUUGUGACAUUUGUAAAUGUAGAACUUGUAUUGAUAAUUGUUAUUUGUCUUCAUGUACUAAAUAUUGUGAUGUCGGGAGUAUUUGUUAAUUAGGUGUCUAUUGCGCCGAUUUUGUAUUUGUUUUUCUAAUCAGAAAUGUUAUACAUGUAUGUGUCUUCUUUGCAUUUUAGAGUUGUAUAUCAAAUAUUUUCUUUAUUGUAGAGCUUUUAAUAUUCAUACUGGCAUACUGUUGGGUUUAGAGCGGAAAUAACCAUGUGUAUCCCUUCAAUCGAGGCACUCCCUGUGGUUACGAAUUGUUAUUUAGAGAUAUUGAAACCAUUUGAGGAAUCAAUCUGAAUAUAUAUUUCAUUGCUCCGUCCCUCAUCCUCUGGUGAGUUUGUCAAAUCCAACCCAGGAAAGCACGUUCAAUGACAGUCGCAGCAGAUCAUAUGUUAUAAAAGUAAAGUUAUUUUGUCA